GGGCGGGAGGGGGGAGGAGUCCGGCGGGAGGCUCCGCCCCCGAGGGCGGAGUUCCGGCUCUCCGGCGCCCCCUAUGCCCGCACCUCCGGGCUUGCGGAAUCGGCGCUAAAGGCACCCCCAAGGCUGCCUGUCAGGAAUUUGUGGGGUCGAUGGGAUCUGAAACUCCCAAGUCCAAGUCCGGCACCUGCUCCUCCAGGCGGCCUGUGCCUUUGCGAGGGUAGCGGCUCAGCCUCCCAGGCUCUGCGGUUGUCAGGGACUCGGGAGGCUGGGCUGCGAGUUUUUUUAAAAUCCUAGACAGGGCCCCAGACGCUGGCCUUUCAGGGGCCUCCAGCUCCAGUCCCCCCAAAAGACCAGAAAGCAGCCCCCAGCCCCUCCCUCAGACCCAGGAGUCUGGCGCCUCAGCACCUUCAUCCCCGAGGACCCAGGAGCCCUUCUGGGUCUGAGCCGUUCUGGAAGGGGACUCAGCCCCCUUCUUCCCUCAGACCCAAGAGUGUGCCCCCCUUCCUGAGACUUAGGGUACCCCCUCCACCGACUUGUGUCUCCAGCAUCCUGGCCCGAGAACCUAGAUGCACAAUCCCUUCCUCCCUCUGGGACCCACAGAUUCAGGUCCCCAGCCUCUUCUUUUUCGGGAAUGUGAGUCUUCACCCCUGCUCUCCCAGACCCUGGAGUCAGCCCCCCACAGCCCUGCCCCCUCACAGGCACACACACACACACACACACACACAUACACUCUCCUGGGCUCUGCCCGCGGGGGCCCAGGUGUCCUGCACUCCCACCCCACCCCCCCACUUUAGAGAACGCUGGGCCCAGCCUCUCGGGCAUGAGGGGCAUGGGCUGGGCAGCUGGCCUGAGGGCCACUCCGGGGGCCAGGCUGUGUCUAGGAGGAAGCAGACAGCUGCUUUCCUCUUGGACGUUUGAGUACCCAUGGGUGACGGAGGCCAGGGUGCCUCAGGAACAGAAGUGAUAUUGGUUUCCUCAGAGGCCUGGAUGGACUGGGUGCCUGAGGGUGACAUCCAUGAGUCUCGGACUGGUGGGACCCUGAGGAUGGUUUGUGCUGGGGGGUCAGGUUGUCUGAGUGCCCAACAGGGACUGGGCCUGGAGGAAGGGAUCUGAGGGAGGAGGCACUGGGGCCUGGACUUUAGGGUCUGAGGGAGGAGGGGGCUGGGGACUUGAAUUGCUGGAUCUGAGAGAGGAGAGGGCUGGGAGCCUGGACUCCUGGCUUCAUGGUGGAGACCUAGUUUGCAAGCCUGGCCUCUGGGGCAAGAGAAACCAAAAGAUGGGUCCUAGCGCGGCGGAGACUAAAGUCUAGGAAUGGCCUCCUGCUUCUCAAGCCUCAAAGUGGGGAGGGGGCAGAAGUCAGCAGCCCCUGGGCCCUGGAGUCCACGGCGGAAGCUGUUAUGUCAAGGCUGGGUUCUGAGUCCCUGCCUCUCUCCACCCCUCCCACCCCCCCCUCAACACACACUUCCUCCCUUUUUAUUUGUGGACCCCUCAUUCUCUUGUCCCAGGAGGGAGGCAGAGGCUGGGAGCUGGGGGUGGGGGGCGGCCCCCUCCCCCAGCCCCGGCAGGAGGAGGGGUCCCCAGGGAGGCCAGGAGGGGGGGCUAUGGGUCUCCCGGCAGGGGCGGAUGGGGACUGAAUGUUAAUCGCAUCCCGAGUGAGUGUGUGUGUGCGAGAACAGAGCGAGUGUGCGAGUCCCUCCCGCUCCAGGUCCUCCAAGCAGCGGCUGCCGCCGCCACCCUCCACCCGCAGCCGCCCUCGGCCACCAGUGCCCAGCUGGGGGGUGUCGGCCUGGGUGGGUCCGCCCGGCCCCCAGGGGUCUCUCGUGCGUCUGCCAGCUGCCCGUGCAACAUGUGUAGCAGCAACCUCGCCUAGUUGGGGUGGCCGCAACCUUGGGGGACAGACAGGGCAGGACGGGACCGAAGACGAGGAGGGAGAGCCGGAGCCGGGGACAGGCAGGAGGUCCCCACCGCCGCUGCCGCCGCCGCCGCCCCAGGGCUUUGCCCCCCAGCGGUUCCCUGAGCCCUCCGCCGAGAAUCUUCGGGUCGCUGGACUCUGGGUUCCGGUCCUGCCCCCCCGCAGUACCCCCCACAGAACAGGGUCAUGAAAAGAGGCCGCCCGGAGGGGCCCGCAGGCGAUGCGCGGCGCCGGUGGCCCCCGCGGCCCUCGGGGCCCCGCUAAGAUGCUGCUGCUGCUGGCGCUGGCGUGCGCCAGCCCGUUCCCGGAGGAGGCGCCGGGACCGGGCGGGGCCGCCGGGCCCGGCGGGGGCCCCGGCGGGGCGCGGCCGCUCAACGUGGCGCUCGUGUUCUCGGGGCCCGCGUACGCGACCGAGGCGGCGCGCCUGGGCCCGGCCGUGGCGGCGGCCGUGCGCAGCCCGGGCCUGGACGUGCGACCGGUGGCGCUGGUGCUCAACGGCUCGGACCCGCGCAGCCUCGUGCUGCAGCUCUGCGACCUGCUGUCGGGGCUGCGCGUGCACGGCGUCGUGUUCGAGGACGACUCGCGCGCGCCCGCCGUCGCGCCCAUCCUCGACUUCCUGUCGGCGCAGACCUCGCUGCCCAUCGUGGCCGUGCACGGCGGCGCCGCGCUCGUGCUCACGCCCAAGGAGAAGGGCUCCACCUUCCUGCAGCUGGGCUCCUCCACAGAGCAGCAGCUCCAGGUCAUCUUUGAGGUGCUGGAGGAGUACGACUGGACAUCCUUUGUAGCGGUGACCACGCGUGCCCCCGGCCACCGGGCCUUCCUGUCCUACAUCGAGGUGCUGACUGAUGGCAGCAUGGUGGGCUGGGAGCACCGCGGGGCACUGACGCUGGACCCUGGAGCAGGCGAGGCCGUGCUGGGUGCCCAGCUCCGCAGCGUCAGCGCGCAGAUCCGCCUGCUCUUCUGUGCCCGGGAAGAAGCCGAGCCCGUGUUCCGGGCAGCUGAGGAGGCUGGCCUCACGGGGCCUGGCUACGUCUGGUUCAUGGUGGGACCCCAGCUGGCUGGAGGCGGAGGCUCAGGCGCCCCUGGAGAGCCCCCUCUUCUGCCAGGAGGCGCCCCACUGCCUGCCGGGCUGUUUGCAGUGCGCUCGGCUGGCUGGCGGGAUGACCUGGCCCGGCGUGUGGCCGCUGGUGUGGCUGUCGUGGCCAGAGGUGCCCAGGCUCUGCUGCGUGACUAUGGCUUCCUGCCCGAGCUCGGCCAUGACUGCCGUGCCCAGAACCGCACCCACAGAGGGGAGAGUCUGCAUAGGUACUUCAUGAAUAUUACCUGGGAUAACCGGGAUUAUUCCUUCAAUGAGGAUGGCUUCUUGGUGAACCCCUCUCUGGUGGUCAUCUCCCUCACCAGAGAUAGGACUUGGGAGGUGGUGGGCAGCUGGGAGCAGCAGACUCUCCGCCUAAAGUACCCGCUGUGGUCCCGCUACGGCCGCUUCCUGCAGCCAGUGGAUGACACGCAGCACCUCACUGUGGCCACGCUGGAGGAGAGGCCCUUUGUCAUUGUGGAGCCCGCCGACCCCAUCAGCGGCACUUGCAUCCGAGACUCCGUGCCUUGCCGGAGCCAGCUCAACCGCACCCACAGCCCUCCUCCGGACGCCCCCCGCCCGGAAAAGCGGUGCUGCAAGGGCUUCUGCAUCGACAUUCUGAAGCGGCUGGCGCAGACCAUCGGCUUCAGCUACGACCUCUACCUGGUCACCAACGGCAAGCACGGAAAGAAGAUCGACGGCGUCUGGAACGGCAUGAUCGGCGAGGUGUUCUACCAGCGCGCGGACAUGGCCAUCGGCUCCCUCACCAUCAACGAGGAGCGGUCCGAGAUCGUGGACUUUUCUGUGCCCUUCGUGGAGACGGGCAUCAGCGUCAUGGUGGCGCGCAGCAAUGGCACCGUGUCCCCCUCGGCCUUCCUCGAGCCCUACAGCCCUGCCGUGUGGGUGAUGAUGUUCGUCAUGUGCCUCACUGUGGUCGCCGUCACCGUUUUCAUCUUCGAGUACCUCAGUCCCGUCGGCUACAACCGCAGCUUGGCCACGGGCAAGCGGCCUGGUGGCUCAACCUUCACCAUUGGGAAAUCCAUCUGGCUGCUCUGGGCCCUGGUGUUCAAUAACUCGGUGCCCGUGGAGAACCCCCGGGGGACCACCAGCAAAAUCAUGGUGCUGGUGUGGGCCUUCUUCGCCGUCAUCUUCCUCGCCAGCUACACAGCCAACCUGGCCGCCUUCAUGAUCCAGGAGGAGUACGUGGACACCGUGUCUGGGCUCAGCGAUCGAAAGUUCCAGCGGCCCCAGGAGCAGUACCCGCCCCUGAAGUUUGGGACGGUGCCCAACGGGUCCACGGAGAAGAACAUCCGCAGCAACUACCCCGACAUGCACAGCUAUAUGGUGCGGUACAACCAGCCCCGCGUAGAGGAAGCGCUCACUCAGCUCAAGGCAGGGAAGCUGGACGCCUUCAUCUAUGAUGCAGCUGUGCUCAACUACAUGGCCCGCAAGGACGAGGGCUGCAAGCUCGUCACCAUCGGCUCGGGCAAGGUCUUUGCCACAACGGGCUACGGCAUCGCCCUGCACAAGGGCUCCCGGUGGAAGCGGCCCAUCGACCUGGCGCUGCUGCAGUUCCUGGGGGAUGAUGAGAUCGAGAUGCUGGAGCGGCUGUGGCUCUCCGGGAUCUGCCACAAUGACAAAAUCGAGGUGAUGAGCAGUAAGCUGGACAUCGACAACAUGGCAGGCGUCUUCUACAUGCUCCUGGUGGCCAUGGGCCUCUCCCUGCUGGUCUUCGCCUGGGAGCACCUGGUGUACUGGCGCCUGCGUCAUUGCCUGGGGCCCACCCACCGCAUGGACUUCCUGCUGGCCUUCUCCAGGGGCAUGUACAGCUGCUGCAGCGCGGAGGCCGCCCCGCCGCCCGCCAAGCCCCCGCCGCCGCCGCAGCCGCUGCCCAGCCCCGCGUACCCGGCGGCGCGGCCCGCGCCCGGCCCCGCGCCUUUCGUGCCGCGCGAGCGCGCAGCGGUGGACCGCUGGCGUCGCGCCAAAGGUGCCGGGCCCCCGGGGGCCGCGGGCCUGGCCGACGGCUUCCACCGCUACUACGGCCCCAUCGAGCCGCAGGGCCUGGGCGUGGGCGAGGCGCGCGCGGCGCCGCGGGGCGCGGCCGGGCGCCCGCUGUCCCCGCCGGCCGCGCAGCCCCCGCAGAAGCCGCCGCCCUCUUACUUCGCCAUCGUGCGCGACAAGGAGCCGCCCGAGCCCGCCGCCGCCGCCUUCGCCGGCUUCCCGUCGCCGCCCGCGCCCCCCGCCGCCGCCGCCACCGCCGUCGGGCCGCCGCUCUGCCGCCUGGCCUUCGAGGACGAGAGCCCGCCGGCGCCCGCGCGCUGGCCGCGCUCCGACCCCGAGAGCCAGCCCCUGCUGGGGCCCGGCGCGGGCGGCGCGGGGGGCGCGGGCGGCGCGGGCGGCGGGGCCCAGGCCGCGCCCCCCCCGUGCCGCGCCGCGCCGCCGCCCUGCCCCUACCUGGACCUCGAGCCGUCGCCGUCGGACUCGGAGGACUCGGAGAGCCUGGGCGGCGCGUCGCUGGGCGGCCUGGAGCCCUGGUGGUUCGCCGACUUCCCCUAUCCGUACGCCGAGCGCCUCGGGCCGCCGCCCGGCCGCUACUGGUCGGUCGACAAGCUCGGGGGCUGGCGCGCCGGCAGCUGGGACUACCUGCCCCCGCGCAGCGGUCCCGCCGCCUGGCACUGCCGCCACUGCGCCAGCCUGGAGCUGCUGCCGCCGCCGCGCCAUCUCAGCUGCUCGCACGACGGCCUGGACGGCGGCUGGUGGGCGCCGCCGCCCCCGCCCUGGGCCGCGGGGCCCCCGCCCCGGCGCCGAGCCCGCUGCGGGUGUCCGCGGCCGCACCCUCACCGCCCGCGGGCCUCGCACCGCGCGCCCGCCGCCGCCGCCGCCGCCCCGCACCACCACCGGCACCGGCGCGCCGCGGGGGGCUGGGACCUCCCGCCGCCGGCGCCCACCUCGCGCUCGCUCGAGGACCUCAGCUCGUGCCCCCGCGCCGCCCCCGCGCGCAGGCUCACCGGGCCCUCCCGCCACGCGCGCCGGUGCCCGCACGCCGCGCACUGGGGGCCGCCGCUGCCCGCCGCGCCCCACCGGAGACACCGGGGCGGGGACCUGGGUACCCGCAGGGGCUCGGCGCACUUCUCCAGCCUCGAGUCCGAGGUAUGACGCGGCCCCGGGGGCCCCAGCGCCCCCUCGGUCAGCGCAGGCCACGGCCCGAGGGGGCACGCGCAAUGAACGGGACCCGCGUGGGUUGGGAAGGAGCAAACGGACCUGGCCGGACCCCGCCUGGAGCAGCGUCCUGCGCCCCCUCGCCUUGGGGGCACCACGAGCCGGAAGGGAUUUGGGCCCCCCAAAUCUCACCCAGCCUGAAAGGUGGGGGUCUCGGAGCCCACUGGAGAUUUUGGUUUUUUUUUUAAACCCGACAAGGGCUUUUUAACGUCACCAGAUGGGGCGGGAGGUGGGGGGUCACGCCACGCCCGCGUCCCACCCCCACGCCCGGGGCCGUGGCCCCCUCAUCACUGUGCAGCUCCCCGGCCCCAGCCGCGCCUCCGGGGAAGCCCGUUUUUAACCUUUCAUCCAUUGGGACUCAAAACUGUGAGACGCGUUCGCCAAACUGUGACCCCAGACCUUGGCCCCGCCACACAGAAACCCCUGACCCCAGACUGUGACUUCCGACCCCUAAAAAUGGUCAUCCGACCCCAGACUGUGACCCCCAACCCCAAACUGUGACCCGAAUCCCAGACUGUACCCCGACCAGACUGUGACUCUUGACGUCAAACCUUGACACACCCUCCUCCUUUUCCAUCCUCGGUCGCUUUUCCUUAUUUUGACCUAGGACACUCCCAACGGAAGCCCCGCCUCCCCCUGCCCUAGCGUGGAUCCCAACCAACAUCGGGCCAAAACUUCCCACCCUGUCGCACCUCACUACCAGCCCCACGUGCCACCAACCACAGCCUCACCAAAUCCAGCCCUUAUUUGUGACCCUCCCAUGAUGACCCUGCAGAACCCCCCCCCCCCCAAAAAAAGCCUCCUCUUCCUAGAUCUCCAGCCGGGUCUGGAGCUGGGGUGUGGAGGGGACGGUCUGGGACUCCACACCCACCACCAACCUCCCCUCCCACUCUCCUGUUACACAUUGCAGUGUUUGGAAUAAACCAUGUUUUUAUGCCUCCUCAGUCCAAGUGUGAGCUCCAU